GUAGAGGACAGUAGUGUGUAAUCAAAGUUCUGUUUAAAAAUGAAAGAAAACUUUGUAGACUACACUAACGACGAUAAAGAACAUUUAGAAGAAUUUCAGAAAGUCAUUGAAGUAAAAGAUAAACUCAUAAAAAAACAAUUUAUUCGAAUUGAAGCAUUAGAAUAUGAGAAUGCAAUUUUGAGUCGGGAGAAAGAUGCUUUGGUUUGUGAUAUAAAUAAGCUUAGGUUUCAAUUAGAGAUGAGCCAAUUGAAACGACACAAGGAUGAAAGUGGACAGGAGUGAACUUUGCUGUGCAACCAUUACAGCAAUUAAAGAGAAUAGAGCUGAUUAG